AUAGCAUCUACGACUUCCAUAACCCAAUAUGUCGUCUUCGGCACCCCGUGGAAGCGAGCGCGUUGUCGCGCAAGACUACAUAGCACGAAUUCGAUAUUCCAAUGCGCUCCCGCCUCCGCCUAAUCCCCCAAAGCUCCUCGAGAUACCCAACACUGGCCUUGCCAGUGGGCAAUACACAACACCUGGUUUCGCGUCACGGCUUGCACGAGAUCAGCCGCUCAACAUCGAAGCAGAUGCUGAGCUUGGAAUGCAAUUAGAUCUAGUGGGAAUGCCAGGAAUAUUUGAUGGCGACGAGAGUUGUAAGUAUGCAACACCCUUUUAUAUGCGCAAUUGCUUACCAUCUAUUUAGCAAUCCAAGCGCCAUUGGAAUUACCCGUUCCUCACCCUCACGAUCGAGCUCUCUUACGACCCCUCUCGACACUCGGAAAGCCUAAGUUCUCGGAUACGGGCGUCUCAUUCUUGCGACGAACCGAAUAUAUCUCCUCGUAUACCUCGAAAUCGAAAUUCGACAAUGCAACUUCCAAAUCCCUGAUAAAUAAUAGCGCUGCUAGCAGAAAGAAGAGGCCUGCACCAAAUCUAGAUAAAGAGUCGCCUGAAGCUAUCAAAGCACAAAUUGAGCAGAGCUUCCGAAACGCCGCCCAUAAUCUCAAAAAUAAAAGCCUCGCUCGACAUCCCACUAAGCGAAAUGUGCAGCUGGUGGAUGCUUAUCCUCUGCUUCCCGAUGUUGAUGCAUUUCCGGAUUUGGGAGGAUAUGUUACUAUCAAAUUUCUUUCAAAUCCAGUCCCGCCUAGUUCUACAUACGAUAUACGGGUGGAGAACAGCAUGCUAAUACCCAUCGAUCCAACGGAUGCUGAGAAUGAGGCAAAAGCCGCACAAGAAGAAGCACACAGACGUGACCCAGUACAUAAUCCGGCCCCCGAAACGACAAUAAAGUACAACCUCUUCCUACCAGAAACUACAACUACGGCGGUGAACUUCAAGCGAAAAUUCGAUAUCCUCGACAACGAUCAUCAAUCCGAUGAGCUGUACACAGACAUGUACACAGAUGCAAACCAAGAAACAAAUCGCAGCUUCAAGUUCAAAAGAGUCAGAGCUUAUGAAAGUGCUACUGUGGGGGGAAGUGCUGCAACAAAGUAUGAUGAAGAAGUCAUUAUUGCAUUGGCUGAUGGUAAGGAUGGGCGUCGUCAAAAAGGAGCAUACUACUACCCUAUUGUUCAACGAAGUACCAUUCGUCCACAGAGGCAAAGGAAUAUUGACAAGAAGAUGGGCCGCUAUACCGAGCCAGAAGACGACAAACAGGUCGAGGUUAUGCACAUGUCAAUUGAGGAUCCGUUGGAAGACAUGAUUGACAGUCGCAACAAAUUCCGAGACGAUCCAUUUAAUGAUGUAGAAGUUAAUGAAGAGGAAGCCGAUCAGCCUGGUGGAGGGCAAGACGGAUCUCUUUCUCCCGGGUCGCUGGAUGGCGAAGAUUAA